AUGGGAAGAGUACGAAGAUCAAGAACUCAUAAAGACUUGGACCAAAUUCACAAAGAAUUGAAAGAAUUAGAUGAACAAAUGGAGCCAAACCAAGAAUUAGAUCCAGAUUUACCAGGAUUUGGAAAAUACCCUUGUGAAGUUCCUUAUACACAAGCUGAAGCCGAAGCGGCUGUUGGAUAUUCUACAGAAAAUUCAAGAAUCAAAAUAAUGGAGGAUGUUAAUUAUUGA